AUGUGGUGGUCUAGAUCACAAAGAUUAAGGAGACUAUGGAGACACUUACCUGCAGAUGCAUUGUCUCUUCGUGCUUAUUUAGUGCAGCAGCUGCUGCAGCUAGCAGCAAGGACUGCAGCAACAGCAGCAGCAGCAACUGCAAUAACAGAUCGUGCUGCAGCAACAGCAGUUGGAGGUGAUGGGCUUAGUAGUCUAUAUCCAGAGGCAUUAAGGGCAUUAGAUGCAGCAGCACAGAGGCAGCAACUAUUGGCUAUGCAUGCAGGACCGCAGCUGCAACACCGAGCAGCAAAUGCAGCAAAUGCAGCAACUGCAGCAAGAGCAGCAGCAGCAGGCCGCACCGGUCUCUAUGAAGGAUUUGGUGAUAUUGCUGUCUCUGAGCCACAUAGACGAUACAAUAUACUACUCAUGCAUAGACUAGAGCAGCGGGCGUUAUGGGACACUCAACGUUGUACACCUAAUGGUAAUAUUGCUGUACUAAGAGAACACGUCAUGGCUGUUGUCUCCUCAAGAAGUCCUCCUUAUUUAUAUAGGCCUGCCUUAGAUAUGGGUAGUGUGCGGGCCCUGCAGCAGCAGCAGCAGCAGCAGCAGCAGCGGCACCAUCAACGGGUUGCAGGGUUUGCUACAUUAAGGGGGAGUAGCAGGAGACUAGGCAGAGAAUUGUCUCCUUUUGCUAGGGCAGCAGCAGAUAAUGAUGAUUAUGAUACAGCAACAGGAGGAGGAGGAGGAGGAGGAGGAGGGAGAGGUAGAGGACGCAUGCAAAGAGCAGCAGCAGCAGCAGCAGCAGCAGCUUCUCGUCGUAGCAACCGAUCAACCUCAGCAGCAGAAAUUGAUGGUGUGUCCCCUUCUCCUAACACGAACAACAACAACAACAACAAUAACAAUAACAGCAGCAGCAGCAGCAGCAGCAGCAGACUGCAACGAGUAGGUAGCUGGAGCAGAUCCCCUAGCCUAGACGAUCCAAGGGACGAGCAAUGGGGGGCAGACUAUCCGUCUCCAAGGAGACACCGGCGUACAGCUUCUUCUUCUUCCUCUGAGGAUUCUAGCAGCAGCAGCAGCAGCACAAGCAGCGGGAACGGUAGCAGCAGCAGCAGCGAAGCAGAGUAUGGACCAGGUGUAUCUACACGUUGGUCAUCAGCAGCAGCAGCAGCAGCAAGUCGUCGUAGUAGCCGACGUAGUACAAGACAGCGUCAAGGAUUCCCUAUAGAUAUAAGCAGCAGCAUAAACAGUAGCAGCAACAGCAGCAGCAGCAGCAGCAGCAGCAGCAGCAGCAGCACAGUACGACGCAGCAACAGACUAGCAGGGACCUCAACUGUUAAUGCAGUUGCCCUGCUCAAUGACCCUACUGUCCCCGACAGCAGCAAGAGGGAGCUGCAGCGGCUAGCAGAUCCUGAUGAAUUAAAGUUAGCUAAGCAGCAUAGAUUAUUAAUGCGUAGUAAGGAAGCAGCAGCAGCAGCAGCAGCAGAUAAAAAAAUAUUACCUCCACAACGUAUUGAUGCAGCAGAGAGACGCAUGCAUCUACGUUAUGCAGGAAUGUCUCCUUUUCCUCAUGGUAGUUGUAUACCUGUUAAGGAACUUGUUUUACUGCAGCAGCAAGCAGCAACUGCAGCAGCAGCUCAUUCAGCAGCAGCUAAUGCAGCAGCAACAACACAAGCAGCAACAACACAAGCAGCAACAACACAAGCAGCAACAACAGGGGAUUCAUAUAUUGCUCCGCAGCAGCAACUUAUCUCCCUUAUAAAACAGCAGCAAUACUGGUUGUCUUCUCCCUAUAGAAUCAGCAGCAGCAGCAGCAGCAGCAGCAGCAGCAGCAGUGGUCGUGGUUCCCCUCGUGGAUAUUAUGGUGGAUCUUAUUCUUCCUUACCUGGUGGAUCUCCUGGUUCAUCCCCUACCUCCUCUUCCUCCUCAGCAGCAGCUGCAGCAGCAGCAGCAGCAGCAGCAGCAGCAGCAGCAGCAGCAGAUAUAGCCCUUAGAACAGCAAGAGCAGAAGGAGGCUGCUGUACAAUAACAGCAGCAGCAGCAGCAGCAGCAGCAGCAACAGCAGCAGCAGCAGCAGCAGCAGCAGCAGCAGCACAGGACACUCACAUAGAACAGGGGCUGGAGGUAUAUGGAUACAUAUUAGAUGUCUUAUGA